CCUGAGAGGGGGAAGACCCAAAGCUGAUAUUCCCUCCCCUUACGUUUUCCUUUUCAUUAUUCAGCUCGCCCUUCAAGUGAACCUGCGUUCAUGAUACAAGUGAGUCGGUUUCCGCAAAAAACUUGCCCGUGAGUUAGCCUCAGCUGGGGCUCCCCGCUUCCCUGAAGGAAUUGGUAGUUUCCGUUCCUUGGGCGAGGCUCCCUCCCUCUCGCCAGGGCAGCACCUGAGGCGCGCACGGAGUGGGACGCGGCGCUUGGGAGUGUCGGAGGCGAACCGGGGCGGGCUGCGGAGUCCCGCCGAAGAGCCCCGAGAGCGAGGUGGGCUUGGAAACGAACGAGUCCGGGAGCUUUUAUCCCGGCCACCUUCCCUCUCUGCCCGCGGAGCGGACCGAAAAGUCCGCACAAAGGUUGGCAAAUGGAGACCCGGCGGACGCGUCGGCCGGCCGGACUGCCCCUGCUGUGGUUCUUGGGCGCUGCCUGGAUUUUAGAUUCUGCAACUACAAUGCAGGUCAAUGUGCCGAAUCCCUUCAAUGUAGUCAUCCUGUUUCAACCUGUGACUCUACAAUGCAACUACCAGACGACAGCAACCCAGCCACCUAUUGUCUUGUGGAAAUACAAGUCUUACUGUCGGAGCCGCCUGGCUGAUGCUUUUAACCCCAGCAGCCAGGAGAGCCAGCUCAACAACCAGCUGCAAGCAAACAAUCCUGGAUACAACCCUUAUGUGGAAUGUCAAGACAAUUCCAGGACGGUGCGAGUUGUGGCCACCAAGCAAGGAAAUACAGUAACCCUGGGGGAAUUCUACCAGGGCCGGCGCAUCACUAUCACUAAUGAUGCUGACCUCAGCAUAGAGCAGACUGCUUGGGGGGACAGUGGUGUUUACUACUGCACGGUGACGUCUUCCCAAGACUUGCAAGGCAACAAUGAAGACUACGCUGAACUUAUUGUAUUGGGCAAGUCCUCCGGUGUCUCAGAGCUUUUGCCAGGCUUUCAGAUAGGGCAUAUGGAAGAUUGGGUCUUUGUGGUCUUGGUUGUGCUGGCCUUCUUUCUGGUCUUCCUGCUCCUUGGAAUCUGUUGGUGCCAGUGCUGCCCCCAUACCUGCUGCUGCUAUGUCCGAUGUCCUUGUUGCCCAGAGAGGUGCUGCUGCCCCGAAGCACUCUAUGUAGCAGGGAAAGCUGCAACAUCUGGAGUCCCCAGCGUUUACGCACCCAGUAUAUAUGCCUCCAGCAAUCCAUUGAAGCCAGCUCCCCCACCCACCAUGAUCCCUAUGGGCCCAAUGUCUCCAAUGUACAAUGGUUAUGGAGUGGAUUAUGACCGGGCCAGCUCAGUUGGUGGAAACAGCUCCCAGGUGCCCCUCCUGAGGGAUACUGAUAGUGUUGCAAAUGCUGCUGUACGCAGUGGCUAUCGCAUCCAAGCCAACCAGCAGGAUGACUCCAUGCGGGUGCUCUACUACAUGGAGAAGGAGCUGGCCAACUUUGACCCCACCCGCCCAGGGCAGCCCAAUGGGAGGCUUGAGAAAGCCUCUGUGAUGAGCGAACUAAGCUCUCUGCAUGAAGACGAUCGGCGUUACGAGCUGCGGCAGGGGCUGGGACGGCUGCGUGGCCAGGCCAUGUCUCCCAUCAGCGACUUGGAGGAGGAAAGUAUACGGAGCAGUGAGAACCGACGCUUGCUGCCCACCCCUUGGCGUGACCGUUAUGAGGACUCCCCACUGCGAAGCUGUGCUCGACGCCCACGUUCCCGCUCGGUGGAUGCUCUAGAUGACUUUGAACGGGACUCCUACACUUCCCGGCCCAGAAGUCGGGGUCAACAUGGCUCAGAUAACGAAUGGCAUCGCCGUGAUUAUUCCCCCGACUCCCGCAAUGACUCUGAGCGCUACGGCAGACACCGGAGUCGAAGUAGGGAUGACCUGCGGGACGUGGAGCGAACCCAUUACGAUAACCGGCUCCUGGAGGAAGCACUGCGGAAGAAGCAGCGGGCAGGGAGCCGCGAAGACCUGGAUCAUGGAAGCGCCUCUAGCGGGAGAUCUGGCCACAGGAAAAACCGGGAUGAAGAUAGCAAUGGCUUUCCUCCACCACCACCACCUCCGUAUACAGAGACUGAAUCCGUAUCUUCCCGUAGCAAGGAUGACCGCAAGCUGCGAAGGAAUCAUGCUGUCAGCAGAGAAAGUUUGGUGGUUUAAUUCUCUCCACUGUUUCUGGAAUAUGAGAGACUCUGUGUCUUGAAUGGCUACAGGAACACUCUUCGUUGCCAGCAUCAUUUUAUUCAGGAGGACCCAGAGAUGAAAUGGAGCAGCAUUUGUAUUGGAUCUAUGCGUCCAUAAAAAACGAACAGGUUGACCUCACCUGGUCACCCCUCUGUGUCUUAGCUCAUCUUCAUCACAUGCAGGCUAAGAUUCUCCAAGAUUCCUUAAGAUUCUUAGUAUUACAGACAUUUUUAAAUACAUUUUUGGUACUCCUUUUAAAUUUCAGAGCUAUAUAUUUCUGAAUGUACUAUUUUGGAAAGAGGGUCACUUCAUACGUGAUCCCCUGAUACUGCAGACAGAAAGAAAUUGCUUCUUUCAUUGGACACCACAUGGGCAUCUCCUUGCCUUUUAUUUUUUUUUCCCCAUAAUUUUGAAGAUGAUUCCAAAGAAGACACAUUUAUCUGUGUUACCUUUUCCAUUCUGAUUUUAAAGGAGCUCUUUAAACAUAUUUUAUACUUAAGUGGCUUUGUAUGUGUAUAAUUUUAGGGUUUUUUAGAACCUGAGUAUAAAACUACUGAUGCUGUAAAUAUUUUAAGUGAUAAGCAGCCAGGUUUUUUUUCCAUUUCUGUAUUUUUUUAAAAAAUGGAAUUACCUUUUUAUAGGAAUGAAAAUAAAAGUGAGUGGAGCAAAUGUAUCGGCUAGAUUGCAACAUUUUCACAGAAUGGACUGAAAAUGCUGUCACCAGUCUUACCAUCCCUCAUGCCCUCCAGAUGUGUUAGACCACAUGUUGGGCAUCUAAAUGUACAUUCUGAAAGUUACCUACCGUAUUGGAGGACAUGAAGAUGGAGAAAAUGUGGAUGAUUAGUUCCGCUAUUUUCCCUUUAAUAAAUACAGGGCACAGCAAAACAUACUUCUCUUAUUUCUCUAGAAAAGCCCUGCAUUUUAAUUCAGGAGAGAUACUUCCUCAAGACUCUUUAAAAAAUGAUGUAGAAUUACAUUGUGUAAGUUUUAUUUUGACUUCUUUAUUAGACAGCGUUCAAACAUUGUGCUGAAAUGUGAUGAAGCAAUGUCUAUUCUCUGACUUCCUGCUUGAGAACAUAUGAAGGUGUAAAUUAAUUUUAAAUUUAAUGGGCAUGUUCUUAAUGACUGAAGAUUUUUAUUUAAUUAGAUAGUUCAUAGACCUGGUUUCUUUACUGGUACAUGUAAUGUUGAAGCUGAUUUAUCACUGGGGAAAUCUCUAUAAUAGAGAUGGCUUUUUUAAAAAAUUUUUUAUCCCGCCUUUAUUAUUUUUAUAAAUAACUCAAGGUGGGAAACAUACCAAGUACUCCUUCCUCCUCCUAUUCCCCAGAACAACAACCCUGUGAGGUGAGUUGGGCUGAGAGAGAGGGACUGGCCCAAGGUCACCCAGCCGGCUUUCAUGCCUCAGGCAGGACUAGAACUCUCAUACCACACUUGAUUGGCUCUUGGGCUGAGAGAGAGGGACUGGCCCAAGGCCACCCAGCCGGCUUUCAUGCCUCAGGCGGGACUAGAACUCUCAUACCACACUUGAUUGGCUCUUGGGCUGAGAGAGAGGGACUGGCCCAAGGUCACCCAGCCGGCUUUCAUGCCUCAGGCGGGACUAGAACUCUCAUACCACGCCUGAUUGGCUCUUGGGCUGAGAGAGAGCGACUGGCCCAAGGUCACCCAGCUGGCUUUCAUGCCUCAGGCGGGACUAGAACUCUCAUACCACGCCUGAUUGGCUCUUGGGCUGAGAGAGAGCGACUGGCCCAAGGUCACCCAGCUGGCUUUCAUGCCUCAGGCGGGACUACAGCUCACAGUCUCCUGGUUUCUAGCCUGGAGCCUUCACCACUAGACCAAACUGGCUCUUUUGGUCUGCCAAAAGGAUAUUUGAGUUGUAGUCUUCUGUACACAGAAGUAAGUUUAAUUAAACUUAAUCAGAUUUGCCUUGGGGAAACUAAAUUAGACAUUACAUAAGAUGAGUGUGAAAAGUGAGCACAGAAAAAACAUGAGCAGGGAACAGUGACACUUAAGAUUUUUCCUUUGCUUGUUCCUACAGAAAAUGUGCCAGUCUUUUCAUUCCCCUCAGCUGCUUUUCUGAGAAUAAAGGGGUUACCUUUGUGUGCGCUGGGAGACAAAUUUUGAGUGGGCAGCUUCAGGAACAAAAUCUUUCUUCCCUUUUCACUCAUGGUUUUAGAUUCCUGCAAUUGUUGUUCAUUUUGAAAACACUCACAUAUGCAUUACUGGAUGACUUACAUUCAUCUGUCCUGAAACAUGUAGUUAGGUCCUUCGUUCCAGUUUUACAGAGAAAUAAAUAAAUAUAUGGAUGAUAAACUGUCCAGCAGGAGGCAGAUUAACAGCUGUUCUUGUGUAGAAGCAGUUAUAGCACAAUGGGACGUUCCCCAAGUCCCUGGCACAAAGUGCGUGCUGUUUACCAGCCAGCCACAAGAGAGAGAUGGGUUGGGUCAAUUCUGUUUACAUAUCUUGUUGAAAUGCCAUAAAACAAGAAAGGUUAUCCUUGCUCAUUGAUGUUUUCACAAUGGAGGGAGAUGUUUUCUGAAUAAAAAGUGAGACU